CGACAAUUAGUUAUGUUUCGCUGUGAAUAACUUUAUUUGUACAACCCACUGCGGUCACAUUAGAUAUUUCGAUUUUCAAUAAACUGAAUUUCUUUUUUUAAUAAAAAACCCUCGUCAUGGCAAACAAUGAACAAUGUAAAACUAAUAAUGAAAACAAUGACGAUUGGUUUGUUGAAACAGGUGUACUUAAUUCAGAUCAAUGUCGUUUAGCCAUCAAAAUCGACCGUAAAUUAAUCAAACGACAAUCCAAAUAUCAAAAUUUAUUGGCAUUUGAAAAUGAAAAGUUUGGCAGAUGCCUGGUAUUAGAUGAUGCCAUACAAUGUACUGAAUUGGAUGAAUGUUCAUAUCAGGAGAUGAUUUCUUUUUUACCGUUGAACAUUCAUCCAAAUCCUGAACGAGUAUUGAUUAUUGGCGGUGGUGAUGGUGGUGUAGCACGUGAAGUUGCUAAACAUCCAUUAGUCAAAGAAAUAAUUCAAUGUGAAAUUGAUCCGGAAGUCGUGGAAAUAUCAAAAAAAUACUUACCAUUUAUGGGCGUCGGAUUUGAAAAUGAAAAACUGAAAUUAUUUUUCCAGGAUGGCUAUGAAUAUGUUCUUAAUCAUAAAAAUGAAUUCGAUGUAAUCAUUACGGAUAGUUCAGAUCCUAAAGGUCCGGCAACAACAUUGUAUCAAACAGAAUAUUAUCAAGCACUUUAUGAAUGUCUUCGUUCGGAUGGUAUCAUCUGUUGCCAGGCUGAAUCCUAUUGGUUCGAUUUGGAAUUCAUCAAAAAUUUAUUUCGAAAAGUUCAAAAAAUUUAUCCAUCAUUAGCAUAUGCAUCAACAGCUGUUGCAUCAUAUCCAUCUGGUCAGAUUGGAUUUCUUAUCGCAUCAAAAUCCAAUAAUGUUGAUUUCAAACAUGCAAAACAUCAAGAACAAUUCAAUGAAAUUGGCAAACAUUUACGGUAUUAUUCACCUGAAAUGCAUUCAUCAUCAUUCAUAUUGCCAAUGUUUGUCCAACAACAAUUAGAUCAAGUCUUGAAUGAAUAAUUUUUUGUUAAAAAUUCAUUCAUUCGGAAAUUUUAAUUUCAAAACAUCGAACGAACAUAAAUAAUGCAUAAUUAAAAUCUACGAUUUUUUCUAAUAAAAAUUAGUUUUUUCAACAAUUCAUAGAGAAAAAAAACUCAAGUUUCAGUAAAUUAAAUUCCGUCUUUCAAUGACAAA